AUGAAUUCUGAGGGCUGCCUCUAUGGAUCGCUUCAUUUUACAGCCGAGUGUCGCUUCAAGGAGAGCGUCUUCGACAAUUACUUUGUCACCUACUCAUCCACGCUUUACCGCCAGCGCAGCUCUGGUCGCGGAUGGUACCUGGGCCUCAGAAAAGAUGGACGGGCCAUGGAGGGCAACCGGGUGAAGCGGCACAGACCCGCUGCCCACUUCCUGCCCAAACUCAGUGAGGUUGCUCUCUAUAAGGAGCCAUCUCUUCAUGAUGUCAUCAAAAAGUCGCCAAAGAGACGUCUGAGCGCGAAGCCCAGCACGCGGGUAAGGGGUGCGCGAUGA